GCAAAAGCAUAUAAAUUCCAGUAAAAUGCCAAACACAAGGCGUCGAAGAUUUUCUGUACAAAAUGACAUCGCGACAAGAGAUCCAUCUAAAAUGCAAAACGCUUCGUCAAACAGGCACCUAGGCUCUAAUACAGAUAUAGCAAACCAUAAUAUGAGUAACUUGAAGAUAUCAAAGUCCAAAAAUAAAUCAUUUCCUAAUAGUUCCAAAAAUAUUAAUACUCUAGAAAUAGUGGCAGAACGAGACAGUGACAUAUCACUAUCAGUAAGAAAACAGUCCACAAUCACCAUAGACAGUGAUAUUAUUGCUAAUUCUAAUAACAUAGAUGUCUUUAUUCAACAUACUGAUACAGAUGAUAAAACUGCUAAUGAACAAUCAAAGGAAAUAAUAAAUUCAAAUGAAUCAAAGAGAAGAGAUGAAGGUCUACGUUCCAGAGACAUUACACCAAGACGUGUAGAUAAACAUCCACGGCAGCAUCGAAUCAAAGUAAGAAGUCCAAGGAGACGUAUGAGUAUACCAGAUCAUUGUAAAACUAAUGAUAAUAAUAGACGAUCAGUUGGUACAACAGCUAUUGAUUGGAAUCAAGAAGUAGGAGUUACAUUAGUUGAACAUAUAGUUAUUGAUACAGAAACAUCUGAAGAGCCUAGACUAAGCGAGCAAUCUCUAGAUGACAUGUGUCGAAUAUGUCACGGUGGAGGUACAUUAUCACUUGAAUUAGGAGCCUUAAUAUCGGCCUGUUCAUGUCGAGGAACUGUGGGAAGAGUACAUGUGAAAUGUUUGGAGAGAUGGCUGACGGAAUCAGGAAAAUCUAGAUGUGAACUUUGUGGAACUAGAUAUGCUACAAGACGCGUCCACAAAUACGGAGUGCCCAGAGCUUUAUUCAUGUGGAUAUUGAGCCAAAAUGCUAAACAGUUGAUGGUGGACAGUCUUGGCAUAAUGCUCAUGUCUCCGUUAGCAGUGCUGGCGGCCUGGCUCUCAGGCCGUACUUUAGCAGGGCUCAUGACUCAGGAGAGUCACGUCACCCCGUGGCCGCUCGCUUCUACCUUCGUAUUGGCUUGUAUGACCCUUGUGUGCUAUUAUUGUUGGAUAGUAUCAGCGGCUACACGACACGCACUGGGCUGGUGGAUCUGGUAUAGAUCUCAAUAUGAAGUUAGGCUCCAAUUUCAAGAUAACGAAGACUAAUAACAAUGUAUUGUGAAUUAUGCGGUACAGAUGUAUUCAUGAUAACAGUGCUAAAAUCUCUAUAAAUCAAUAAACGCUUCGUUUCAAAAUACAUUUUCAUAUUUACCUAACAGACUAUAGUAGAUAUUUAUAAUUCAGCAAUAUAUAUAGGUAAACAAAAACAUUUAGGAAACAAAAUUUAGUUACUGUUAUAUUUUUUUAUAUAUACCCGUAUAUUAAAUUUAUUGUAC